CCAAAAUCCACCCUUUUUUGCGUUUUUUGCGGUGAACGCGCUCUCGGGUCCAUGGCCUCCCUGCUCCUCUUCCGCCUUUAACUCUGCGGCACGGACCUCGCCGUCGCUGCCCGUGACUAGGCCGAGGAGGCCGCCUCCUCGAAUCAGACCGCAUCGAGUAGACUGCCUCCCCGUCGCCCAGAGCGAACAGCUGCGACGACUACCUCGGCUUCGCCAGCAGCCGCCCUCUCCGCCGCUGCGUCACCUGGCUGCGCGCGGAGCUGGAGACGCAGGGCGUCCGCUGCUUUGCCUCCGACCGCCGCCAGCGACGCUCUCGCGCACGGCGUCGCCCGGGUUGCCAUGGAGGCCGCGGCCGUCGGUGUGAUCGUCGUCACGGGGAAGUCGACCCCUACAGCUUGGAGGAGAUGCGGCUGUUCCUAGAUGGCAAAAAGCUAGUUCCUUUAUUCUUCAAGUGACGGCGCCGAGGAAGAAUGGAAGGCUGUGGUGAACGGAAUCUCGACUUCUUCAGUAAAACUUGAAGUGAACUUGUUGGGAAUGGCACAGGGCAGGAAGAGCAUUGUGCAGAGGUGGAGGGAGAUGGCCGGGCAAGUUCUUCCUUUUCCACGGAAUCUUAAUUUCGUGGGACAAUGAACGAGCUUGCGGAUGCAUAGAAUACACCAGUUUAUUUUCAUGAGAUCGUUAAACUCUGUUUAGGUUCAGUCUGACGAUCCAACCAAGAAUAUGGCAGGAUCUUAAGAAAGAUCCGCCGACAAUGCAUAGCCAACCACCACGGAAUACAAUACAUUCUAGAAAGAACGUCGGCAAAAGUUAGGGAGAGAAGUCAGGCAAAAGUCAGGAUUGUGGACUUUUCUGUCUCUAGUUUUGGUUGCAUUAGUUGACUCAUGAUUUCUCGAUGGUCAAUUUUGGAGGAAAAGAAUAAUUUAGAAUCAAUUGGAUUUCUUAAAUCUAGUGGACUGUAUCUAGACAGGCUGUUCGCCUGUUCCAGAAGAUUGAAACUUGUGGCAUCAUGUCGCUGAGCACUUUCCUCUUGUUCCUCUUCCUCCUCCACCAGCAUCUCUCCGCCGGAGUCACCACCGGCGCUGGUGAUGACUUCACCUUGAACGGCUUCCGGGGAGCAAACCUCACCCUCGACGGCACCGCCACGAUAACCUCCAACGGCCUCUUGAGGCUCACCAACAACACGAGGCAGGUGAGAGGCCAUGCUUUACACGUGUCGCAAAUUCAAUUCCGGCUCCCUCGUCACAACGGGACCGUUUUCUCCUUCUCCACCACCUUCGUCUUCGGCACCAUCAUCAAAGAUCGGUACAUCGGCGGCAACGGCCUCGCCUUCUUGAUCUCCGGAUCCGACAACUUCUCCAGCGCACUGGGAAGUCAGUUCCUGGGCCUCGUCAAUCCCAAUAACAAUGGUAACUCCACCAACCACGUCUUCGCAGUCGAGCUCGACACCAUCUUUAACCCUGAUCUCUACGACAUCAACGGCAACCACGUCGGGAUCGAUGUUAACGGCGUGGUGUCCAACUUUUCUGUCCCCGCCGGUUACUUUUCCGACGACACCGGUGUGUUCCAGAAUUUGAGCCUUAUCGGCGAGCAAGUCAUGCAAGCUUGGGUGGAAUAUGAUGCAGAGAGCAUGCGGCUCAAUGUUACCUUGGCUCCAGUUCGAACGGCGAAGCCGAGGAGGCCGCUGAUAUCGAGGUCGAUCGAUCUUUCGCCGGUGUUCUUGGAUUCUAUGUUUGUUGGCUUCUCUGCUUCCUCUGGUUCUUAUCAAACGGCUCACUAUGUGCUCGGCUGGAGCUUCAAGAUCAACGGCACGGCGCGAGCUCUAGACUACUCGUUGCUCCCUUCGCUUCCUCGAACCAAAUCCGGCGGCAGAUCGAAGUUUUUGGAGGUCGGGAUCCCGCUAGCUUCCGCCGGAGUUGUUUUGGCGAUCGCCGGCGUGGUGGCUUUGGUGGUGAGGAGAAGGAUGAAGUAUGCAGAACUUCUCGAAGACUGGGAGAAGGAGUACGGUCCUCACCGGUUCUCCUACAAGGACUUGUUCGACGCCACCGGCGGCUUCGCAGAGGAGAAUUCACUCGGCAACGGUGGGUUCGGCAGGGUCUACCGAGGGGUUUUACAGAGGACCAAACUGGAUGUCGCCGUAAAAAGAGUGUCUCAUCAGUCGAGGCAGGGGAUGAAGGAGUUCGUCGCAGAGAUAGUUAGCCUAGGCCGUCUCCGGCACCGGAACCUCGUCCGGCUGCUGGGCUAUUGUCGGCGAAAGGGGGAACUCCUCUUGGUCUACGACUACAUGCCCAACGGCAGCCUGGAUAAGAUGCUGUACGAUCGACUCCGGCCAUGUCUCGAUUGGCCGACGAGGUUUAAGAUCAUCAAUGGUGUGGCGUCGGGCCUGCUCUACCUCCACGAAGACUGGGAGCAAAUGGUGAUCCACAGAGACAUCAAAGCGAGCAAUGUUUUGCUCGACGGCGAGAUGAACGGAAGGCUAGGCGACUUCGGAUUGGCCAGGCUUUACGACCACGGCAACGAUCCGCAGACCACCCACAUUGUCGGAACCAUGGGAUACAUCGCGCCGGAGCUGGUGCGGACCGGGCGGCCCUCGGCCGCCACCGACGUGUUCGCCUUCGGGACGUUUCUUUUUGAGGUCGCCUGCGGGCGGCGGGCGGUGGAUUGGGCCGCCGACAUCGACCAGCUCGAGUUACUGGAGUGGGUGCUGCAAAGUUGGCGAAAGGGAUCGAUUCUCGAGACGAGGGACGCCAGGUUGGGGGAGGAGUUUGUGGCAGAGGAGGUGGAGCUUGUUCUAAAGCUUGGGCUGCUCUGCGCACACCCGUCGCCGGCGGCGAGGCCGAGCAUGCGCCGGGUGGUGGAGUACUUGGAGGGUAGCUCGCCGCUGCCGGAGCUGGCGGCGACGUACUUGAGCUUCAAAACGAUUGAGCUACAGCGCAGUAAGAGUAUUGAGGAUUACAUGACGUCGUAUCCGUCAUCAUCUUCGGUGGCUACAGCAUCUUCUGUCGCCAGAGCUCCGUGACAGUACAAAAGGAGGAGUUACCAAAUUUGUGUGGAGAUUUCUUGAUUAGCACGGAGCACCAGGAAUGCAGGCUCUAUUUAUUUUCACAAGAUCGUUGAACUCUGUUUAGGUUCAGUUCAAUAGCGAGGCCGAAACAAUGAUGGGAGCCUACUUCAACAUGCUAACAAUAUAUUGGCAGCUUGCAUCUUCUUGUUUAGGUUCGGUUCGGUUCGUGGGAUCAUCAAUUUUCCACCACGACAUCUCUUGCCAUUCAUAUAAUCUUUUAUCCUGCCACUGGCAUCACUCGA